GAAUGUGGAGAGGAAUCGGGGACAGGGGGAAUCCCGGGGGAGACUGGGGUGCAUGGUGCCGGAGGAGGUGGGGCUGGGAGGGGCAGAGGGGCUCUGGGCGUGCGGGGGUCACAGGAGGAGUGCAGGGCCAUGCCAGGGCAGCGUGCUGCGGGGGUGCACGGCGCUAUGGAGGAGGGUCUGUGGAAGAUGACCACUCUCACACGGCAGGACCUUAACUUUGGGCAAGUUGUUGCAGAUGUUCUUUCAGAAUUCCUGGAAGUGGCUGUUCACCUCAUCUUGUAUGUCAGAGAAGUUUACCCUAUUGGGAUCUUUCAGAAGAGGAAAAAAUACAAUGUACCUGUCCAGAUGUCCUGCCACCCUGAGCUGAACCAGUACAUCCAGGACACGCUGCACUGUGUGAAGCCUCUGCUGGAGAAGAACGAUGUGGAGAAAGUCGUGGUCGUAAUUCUGGAUAAAGAGCACCACCCCGUGGAGAGAUUUGUCUUUGAGAUCACCCAGCCACCUCUUCUUUCCAUUAGUUCUGAGUCCCUGCUGUCCCAUGUGGAGCAGUUACUGCGUGCCUUCAUCCUGAAAAUCAGCGUGUGUGAUGCUGUGCUGGACAACAACCCCCCAGGUUGCACCUUCACAGUUCUGGUUCACACACGGGAGGCUGCCACACGCAACAUGGAAAAGAUCCAGGUGAUAAAGGAUUUCCCUUGGAUCCUCGCUGAUGAGCAAGACGUGCACAUGCACGACCCCCGGCUCAUUCCCCUGAAAACCAUGACAUCUGACAUCUUAAAGAUGCAGCUCUAUGUAGAAGAGCGAGCUCACAAAGGCACCUGAUUUCAAAUCUUCCUCGCCUUCAAGCUUCAUCUGAUCUUCCAGUGGAGUAAGAUCUGUCACAAACUGUAUCUUGAUAACCAUCUCUUCAGCUGGCCUUCUGGGUGAAUGUAGAGCAGCUGCUGCCUCUUUAUUUCAAGUGCUCUUACCACUGUAUAAAGAACUGACUUGGAAUGGGGAGCCAGAGCCUGUUCCCAUCUUGACUUGUGUGAGAGUACAGGUGUUGAUACAGUGCAUCCCUGGGGAGUCAGUGCUUUAUUACCAGUCCAGUUCUCACCUGAAAAGGGCAGCUCCAGUGCACACAGGCAGUGAUAGACAGCUAGGAGCUGUCACACAAUCCAUGAGAGCAACACUGUGCUAAAGGGGAGUGAGGCCUUAUGUAGUGUCUGUCCACUGUGACCAUCCCAAGCAGUCUUCAAUAAAUACCAAGUUUUACCCCA